AUGUCGACGUUAGCCCAACUUGGAAUGCCUGCCAACAGCUGGAUCGCUUUUUAUGCUGAUUUCACCUUUUCGCAAGUCAAAAACAAGACAGUGGUUCUAGGUGAUGGCAUCAUGUCUCUGCCUAACCAGGCGGACAGUAACGAGAGCGGCAUCUACCGCGAUCAACCGCUGACACCGGGAGCCAUCUACCAGAUUUCCGCCGUGGUACAGUCCAGUAUUGAUGGUGCCACUGUAACUUCGCCUCCAUUGCAGGCUGUAAUAACUAUGCCUAUUGUGGGAACAGAGGUUAUGAUAACUACGCCCCUGGUGACUGAGACAGUGAUCGAGUUGGUAACAACUGAUACACCAACCUCAACGAAUACAGCUGCUUUAGGAGGGGCUCUUGGUGCUGUUAUUCUGCUUUUGCUGGUGCUAGUUGUAGCCAUCCUUCUCUGGUGGCGUGGCUGUUGUGGGCGCACGAAGGUAGGCCAAGAACUUGUUGGGGAACAUGGAAAUAAUGAAUUUAUAUAUUUCAUAUAA